AUGGAACCCGCGAAAGCAAAUGAAAUCAAACAAAAUGCAGAACAGUUGAACAAGGAACUCGCUCACGACGACGCUCAUACGAAUAUCCACACAUUCCACCCUGACGCUCCACCAGAUAAAAAAGCUUCGGCAGCCAAAAAAGCUGAUUUAGAUCGUCACGGUUCAAUCGGUCAAAGAGUAAUUGCCGAUAUCGCUGAUUCUAGUGAGGAUCCAUCAUCAAAACCUGUAGAGUUUCCAAAGUGGUAUCGAGUCGGAUGGAAACAAGUUGCCGAUCCUGGAUCGAAAGAAGCAGGGAUUGAGGUCUAUGAUAGCGUUUUGAAAGAGUUAUAUUAUAGUAACUUGUGGGAACAUGCGGCUGUUGUUUUCGUGAGCUUUUUCGCAACUUGGUUUAUUGCGUACUUUAGCUUUAGCGUCAUGUGGUUGGCAAUUGUCUUGACAUUUGUUGCAACCUAUUUCAAAAUUACCUAUUCUCGAUUCGUUCGCGAUGCUCGAAGCGAUGCGGCGCGUGAUUUAGCACUCAGUGCAGAAACAAUAAAGGAACCUAUCGAAUGGCUUAACGAAUUUAUCCGACGUUUUUGGUUGAUUUACGAACCAAUUCUUUCGGCAACAGUCAUCAAACAAGUAGACAGCGUUCUCGCUGCAUCGACACCGGGUUUUCUGGAUUCAAUUCGAUUGACGACAUUCACACUUGGCACUAAACCUCCUCGGGUCGAGAAUGUUGUGACAUAUACAAAGGUGGAAGACAAUACGAUCGAAAUGGUUUGGAAUUUUGGAUUCGAACCAAACGAUUCGGCAAAUAUGACUAGAGAGCAAUUGAGGAGGAAGGUCAGACCAAAGAUUGUGCUGACUGCGCGUGUCGGGCGUGGCGUGGUUGGAGCGGGCAUACCGGUAUUGGUGGAGGAUAUGACUUUUAGCGGAAAGAUGAAAAUUAAAAUGAGCUUGGCGGAGGAAUUUCCCUAUGUGCAUACAGUGCGUCUGUGUUUCUUGGAAGAGCCCAAGGUGGACUUUGUGUUGAAGCCGAUUGGCGGUGAGACUUUUGGAUUCGAUAUUAAGCUUGUACGUGGUAAACGAGGGCGUAGUGAUGAAAAUGGUGUGCGGAGAGUUGAGUUGGAUAUUCCUGGAUUGGCACACUUUAUCCAUUCUCUUAUACAUUCAAAUUUGAGGCCUAUGAUGUACUAUCCGGAAGAAUAUAGCAUCGACGUCGGUGCACUUAUGAAGGGAGCUGCCGUUGAAUCAGCAAUCGGUAUCCUGAAAUUGGUUCUUUACAACGCACGCAACAUUCGCAAUGCAGAAAAAUUUGGAACUUCAGAUCCCUAUGUUAAAUUCGGGAUUGGGCCACUCAGAAAAGAGCUUGCUCGCACAAAAGUUAUUUCAAACUCGUUGUCGCCUUAUUGGAACGAGACUCAUUAUCUCGUGUUGAAUAAUUUGGUUGAUGAUUUACAUCUGGAAGUUUACGAUUCUAACGUCGGACGAGAUAGACUGUUGGGCAGUUCUACAUUCAAACUUGAGUCUUUGGUUAAGAAACCCAAGGAUUCCAUUACUGCUCCUGUUUUAUUCGACAAUGUUAAGUCUGGCGAGAUUUACUAUGAUGUGGAAUGGCUACCAAUAGCUGAGCGCGUUCCCGACCAGCCGAUUCAAGAUUCUAAUAUCGGUAUUAUACGCCUAACAAUCGAUCAAGCCAUAGACUUGGAUCCAAAAAAAUCUGCAGUAGGUGAAUACAAUCCGUAUGCGGAGCUCUACUUUAACAAGAAGCUUAUCCACACUACAAAGAAAAUCAAACGAAGUAACUCUCCUUCAUGGAAUGAUACGAUCGAGUUAUUUGUACCUAACAAACAGUCGGCUCAUCUGGGUGUGAUAAUUCGAGAUGCACGGGAUUUCGCAGAGGAUCCGGCAGUCGGCGUAUAUCGAAGUCCACUGAAAACAUUGUUAGCGAGCUUGGAAUCAAAAAUAGAUACCUUUAGUUUAAUGUACGCUGAUUCUGGAAAGAUAAAAUUGCACUGUGAAUGGAAGCCCAUUUUAAUAGAUUACAUGCCAAAUGCCUCCGGAUAUGUCGAUCCGAUCGGUGUCGUUAAGGCGCACAUCAAGUCUGCGCAAGACUUGAAGAAUGUAGAGGCCCUAGGCAAGUCCGAUCCCUAUGUCCAAGCCCUUCUUGGCUCUAAAUAUCGUGAUCGAACGGCGGUCAUCGAUAACAAUUUGAAUCCUGUCUGGACAGAAGAGUAUCUUUAUGUUCCGGUUCAUUCACUUAGAGAAACUGUUCUUCUUGAAGUAGUUGAUCAUGAAUUGAGGAAAAAAGGCGAGCUGUUGGGACGAUGUGAAGUGCCUGUUGACAAACUUGCUGCAGCGAACGAAGACGGGACUUACAAGUCCAAUGGGACUUUGGACGAAACGGCGAAAUUGUUCAUCAAUAAGGAACAACGAGGCCACUUGUCAUACGAAGCUACAUUCUAUCCUAGGGAGGCCGAUGAAGUACAGAGCCAAUCGGGAACUUUGGUGCUCUAUUUGAAUGAAGCGAAGUUCGAUAAACCUAACUUGUAUGUCAGGUGCUUAAAAGACAAUGACGCUUAUCCAUUCUAUCAGACAAAUGCUGCCGUAUACCCUAAUCCGAUGUGGGAAGAAGCGACUGAUUUCUUUGUCAAGGAACUCGACUUUUCCCGACUUUCCCUGGAACUCUGUCAAACCGGCUCGUCAACUCCUGUCGGCGUUCUUGAUCUUCAGGUUAAGACGCUAAUAGAGAAAAUGCGGAACGAAUUGUCAAAAGAUGAAGAGGGUAUUUGGCUUACAAUACCCGGCAUCGCUGGUGCCAAAAUUAACAUUUAUGCAAAAUAUAUCCCGACUAUAGUGCCAAUCGAGGCAUCGGAAAGCGUCAACAAUCAAGGAAACUUACAAGUAACUGUCAUCGAAGCAAAGAACUUGCCUGCGGCAGACCGAUCCGGAACAAGUGAUCCUUACGUAAUAUUCGUACUCAACGGCCAACAAGUGCACAAGACCAAAACUGUAAAGAAGAAUUUAAACCCGGUUUUCAACGAAAGUUUCCAAGUUCAAGUGAAAUCUCGUACGUCGGCCGAAUUUUACUUUGAGGUGUUUGACUGGAACGCAGUCAGUAACGCCACGAAACUAGGCAUUGCAGAAAUCGAUCUACGCGAUUUGAAUCCAUUUGAAGGCGUUGAACGCGAAAUACCUCUUGCUGAAAACCAAGGAUCGGUUUUCGUGCGCUUGCUUUUCCGCCCCGAAUUUAUAAUGAAGAAACGGGCAACUACAGGCACGUUUGCAGUGGCCGGUAAUGCUGCCGCGAAUGUUGCUUCUGCUGCCGGCCAUGGCAUUGUUGGAGCAGGAAGUACGAUUGUCGGCGGUGGAGCUAAGGUGGUUGGUACUGGAGCCAAGAUGGUUGGCGGUGGUGCGAGAGCGGUCGGUUCAGGGUUUGGUCUGUUGGGCAACAAGAAGGGCAGUAUGUCAGAGGAAACUUCUUAA